UUGAAAAAAAUAUUACUCCAUUAACAGACUUUAAUAUCUCUGUAUGAACCAGUGACCCCUGUGACAUUUUAUGUCACGGGUGAUCGUUAAUUAAACUUCGGUGUACAUUUCUUCUUAAGCAGUUAUGGCAAUUUAAAUACCGUGCUUAACACAACUGUCAACUUGUUCAGACGAGCCACUGGAGAGAAAAAUCACUGAACCAGUUCAGCGCAGCUUACAGCUAUUUAUGUAUUUAUCGAGGGUAUUUGCAAAUAACAGGGAUCAAUUUUCAAGCAUAAAGAGUUCGUAUUUCUUGUUUAGCCCAGGUUUGACGCGAUCGAAAGCUGCAGACCCUAAAAUGAUGGGAUCGUAGAAUACAUACUGCCUGGAUCUGGCCAGUUCUUACAACAGUCAGGAUAUCUGGUCUGAUUUGAAUUAUAUCUACUGGAUAUCUGUGGUUUUGUGAAUGAAGUGGUUGUGUUUGUGACGUGAAUAUGGGAGCAAAAGCCAGUAUUCCGGUGGUGCAACUACCACGGGAUACGGUUGUCAUAGUAACCGGAGCAAACUCAGGCAUUGGCUAUGAAACGGCUAAAUUCAUCGCCAUGAUGGGCGCCAAGGUUGUGCUGGCCUGCCGAGAUGAAUACAAAGCUAACGAUGCAAUAAGACGAAUGGAUGCCGAAUUCCAAGAAGAGAAGAGACUGAACUCCACAAACAUCAUUAGAGACGAUCACCUGACGUUAGAGUUUAUGAAGCUGGACUUGGCCUCGCUAGAGUCCACUAUGAAAUUCAUCGAAACAUUCAAAGAAAAAUACAAGAGAUUAAACCUUCUUAUUUGUAAUGCUGGUGUGUACUCAACUACAAAAGUGAUGACAGAGGAUAACUUUGAGUUGACCUAUCAGGUGAAUUACUUGGGACAUUUCCUGAUUGUUGCUCAUCUGAUCCCUAUUCUGAUGAAAUCGGGAAAGGACUGCCGGAUAGUUUUCGUGUGCAGCGAAGCUCACCAGAAAGCCAAGUUUGAUGUUAAUUUAGCGGAACAUGGAAAAUCCAAUCCAUAUGAUUGCGACUCCAUCUACAACAACACAAAACUGUUUCAGAUUAUGCAGAUGUAUUGCGUUGAUAAGAUUCUUCUUAAAUCGGAUGUGGAAGUAUGUUGUGUAAAUCCUGGCGUUGUGAACACAGAUUUGUUCCGGAAUAAUCUACCAGAGGGUCAGCCUGGAUGCGGACACUUUUGCAUGGAUUGCUUCGGGUGUAUUAAAACACCUCACACUGGCUGUGCCACAACUGUAUACGCAGCAGUGAAUCCCGAGCUGAUUGGGAUAAGUCGCGGAUACUACAAACACUCAAGAGCGGCCCCGAGCUGGCCGAGUAAAGCAGGAAGAGAUCCAGAAUAUCAAGGUUUUCUAUGGACCUCUACACGGGAACUUCUGAAGAAGUAUAUUCCUCCAGAUAUUGACAAACUUUUAGACGUCACUGUAGAUGCAAACAAUAAACCCAAAAAGUAGUGGAAGGGGAGUGUUCAAAAGUUGAUGACCAAUAUUACUGUGAUAAAACAGGACAAUACUAUUGUACACUAAUGCGUACUUCUAUUUAAGGAGGAAUAACACACCAGAGAUAUCUUACAUGGAUGGAAAGUGGAGAAUAUGUACAGUAAAAUUUUAAAAUCCAAAACUUUCAAAUAUACCUCAUUUAGUGAGAGAAAAAAAUGCAGUUUUAGUACAAAAAUUAAAAGCCCCUGCUAGACGCGUACACAUGAACUACAGAUCAGCAAUCUACACAUAAACCUACUGAACUACCCAGCUAGACAAUCUACACGUAAACCUACUGAACUACUCAGCUAGGCAAUCUACACGUAAACCUACUGAACUACCCAGCUAGGCAAUCUACACGUAAACCUACUGAACUACCCAGCUAGGCGAUUAAAUUUACAAGAAAUAUACAUUGCGGAUAUUAAUAUUUUCAUUCAAGUUUUUAAGAGGAAGUCAGCCAUUAUGAUGCAGUAUUCCUCCUUAAAAUGACCAAAGUUGCCAGGGGAAAACCUUGAAAUGUAUGAACCAUGGAGUCGAAUGACCAACUCUGGUUUUAGGUAAACGGCGACUUCAUUAUCAUGUUCAUUUGUUUUCAUAUUGUAUGAAUAUCUCCACGGAGAAAAUUCCAGCUGUAAUUUACUACCCCACGAUGUCCAGCAGAUGGGCGUUCUAUUUUGGCGUUAGUUUCGUAUUUGAGACCAAUAACCAUGGAUUACAUUUGUCUUUCUUUAUUCGGGUCCUAACAUCUAAUUUUGAGUGCGAUUUUAGUUUCCAAAUCAUACAUUGUGAUACAUGUAUUUUAUGCCUCGCUGUAUUAUGAAUUUUUACAUUUUCGUGCACGUAUAUUUCGAUUAACAAUACAUGUAUAAAGGUGCUGAUA